AUGACAGGCUACAAUGUGUCCAGUAUAUUACCAGUCGCACACAAGAUGGCUGCCGUAAUAAAGAUAUUCGUGAAUGGCAUCAAAUUAGCCGGUCGGCUAGGGGAGGGGACCGCGCGGGGGGUGCGGGGUGCUAGUGUCGGAGCGGGAGGGGGUGGUGGCGGCGCGGAGGGGCUGAGGGGGCCUAUACGCCGCAUCAGCGCCGUCGCCGACCGGUCACCGAAGCGCUCUAGUCGCUACUCGCUCGCUAACUCGCGCGUCGCAAAGUAG